UAAAAAAGCUAUUUAAUGAAAUAUCAUGUAGCCUAUUAAACGUACACUUACCACUAAACGAUUCCUGGUUUACGUUUAGACAAUAAUUUUUUUAUAAUUUACACAGAACUACGCAAUUAAUACUUAUGUAUGUAUUUUUUUACUUAAUUAACAUUAAAUGGAAAUGUUCGAUUACUUAUUAUCUGACAUUUUUUAAUCCUUUCACUAUCAAUGUUUUGAUAUCAAUUAUUUGGCCAAUUCCUAUUGGUUGAUGUAUAUAAACACUUGUCAAAAUACAUCCCUACUACAGAUAUAUAAAACAUGUUUUAUAUUUCUAUGAUAGUACGAUCCCCACUAACAAUUUUUUAAAUGUUUUAGCUUUGUAAUGUUUUUUAUUUUGGUUUAUGAAUAUUAAUAAUAUUCUAUAGAUAUAGAGAUGAGAUAAUAUGGUUAUAAACUAUUAAAUAUUUAUACUAUUUAGUAUUUAUGUAUAUUAUAUAUAAUACUAUAAUGUGGUCAAAUGACAUUAAUUGCCAACAAUUAUUGUUGGUAUUAUAUUGUCAAUCAAAACUUAAGUGGACAACGUUUUAGUACUUGGUGUAAUUUAAAAAAAUUAAAACCAAGUGUUUUUUUAUUGUUAUUUUCUAUCGUGUAUAGUGAUCAUACAAAUUUUUUUAUUAUGGGUUUUUGGCGAGAAGCGUCUAGUGUGAUACUAUUAACAAAAUCUUCAAAUGUGAAAAAUAUGAAAACCGUCUGUUGGGAUUCUUUUAAAAUAUUAUGCAUUAAAAGAAGUGAAAUUAAUUCCUUUUUACCAAAUUAUAUAGUCUUUCCUGGUGGAACUACAGAAAAAUCAGACUCUUCUCUAGAAUGGACAAAUAUUAUUCCAGACUACAUGAAUUCUAACUUAAACAUAAAUAUAAUUGGUUAUAAUGGUAAGAUAUGAAUUAUUAUAUACUUAUCUAUAUUGUUUUUAUAUAUUCUCAAAAUCACAAAAUAAUGUAAUUUUCUUAGGUAACCCAGCUAUUAAAUUUGUAUCUGAUAAUGAGCCUGGUUCUAUUCCAAAAUAUUUAUCUUUAAGAGUUACUGCUAUUAGAGAAACGUUUGAGGAGUGUGGUAUAUUGUUAUGCAAACAAAUAAACCAUGAAAUUGCUGAAAACUCUGGUAAAGCCAAUCAUUUAGAAAUAGACAGUAUAGACAAAUGGAGAAAAUUAGUUCGGAAAAACGCAAUCAAUUUUAUUGAUUUAUGUAAUCAGAACAAUUGUUAUCCAGAUGUAGGUGCCUUACAUCUAUGGAGUAAUUGGCUGACACCUUCAAUACUUAAAACAAAAUUUGAUACAAAAUUUUUUAUUGCUUUUAUUGAUACUCCAGUCAACGCAAGUCCUGAUGGUAUUGAAACAUCUCAAAUGUCAGUAAGUAAAUUACUAAAUGUACAGUUAAAUUUAAAUAGGUAUUUGUUUCACAAUAUUUUAUUUUAUAAAUUAGUGGAGUACGCCAGAUGAAAUAUUAUCAAGAUUUAUUGUUGGAAUUGAAAAACUUGUUACUCCCCAAUUUUAUGAACUAUUAAGAUUGAAACAAUUUAUAUCAAUUAAAGAAUUGACUAAUUUUGCACGUGAAAGAAGUAUUGAAGGAUGUGAACAAGUGUUACCAAGGGUUAUUGCUACCAAAGAUGGCUAUUUGACUUUACUACCAGGUAAACAAUUUACCUGAUUAUUUACCAAAUUGAAUUUAUACAAUCCUAUAAAUGAAAUGUUUUCUUAAUUUUAAUUUGCCAAUUUGGAGAAAAUCAGUCGACUAUGUAAUUUUGUGCUAUGUAUAUUAAAGCUUAAAUUUGUUAAUAUUAAGUAACUUAUCUACAAAAUUCCAACUGUUCUGGAACAAAAUAAAAUUUAAGAAUAAAACUUAUUCUUGUUAUACACAAGAUAUUAUCUCUGAUAUCCAACUGUAACGGUUAUCCAUGAACCGUUAUGUUUGUAUAUUUCCCAGUUCUUUCUAUGGUUUUUUUUCGGUUUUGAACAAUUAUUAAAACAACUAUAGGGAAAAUGAAAAAACGACCUUCUAACUCAUCAAUUAGAUCUAAAAUCAAACAAAAAUAGCUUUUUUGGAAUUGUUUGAUUAAAGCAAAUUCUGAUAGAAAAUAUAAUUCAUACGAAUUAAAAACGACAUCAGUAACACCAUAAAGUUUUUCUUAUAGUUCUGUUGCCGGUAUGUCCCAAUUUCCCAAUUAUAAAAUCUCUUGGAAAAUCAAAAAAUGCACCAAACUAGAUCCAAAAUUUAACAAAACAAGUCACUUGUCAGUUUUCGAAUGGAGCAAGUUUUCUGUUCAAAAAGUUGUUUACAGACAAAAAAAAAUCACAUUUUAUAGUCAAACCAAUAGAUCCCUUGCUUUGUUUUGAAUCUAAUAAAUUUGUAUUAAUAUUAUAUUAAUAUACCAUAUUAUCCUACAGUGGAACCAUGAUAAGUCAAAAUAAAUGCCAUUCCCUUGCGAAAAACUAUAUGAUUCGAACAUUCUGUGUUCUGAAUAGAGAUGUAUAUUUUUUAUAAUCGUCUGUCUAAUCGGCUUGUGCGUCCCAUAAUUUAACCUAAUCUUGUUCAUGUAUUGUAUAUAUAGUAUUUCUCGUUUAACUCAUUGUCAUUACAUUCAUAUGUAAUACUUUAGUAAUACAAUUUUAAAAUAAUAAUACCAAUACACACUUUAGUUAUAUAUACAUAUACAUACUAUAUAAUAAUUAAAAACUGUAAUACGUACAUACAUUUUAAAAACUCUCAAGUUAAGUUUUUUCCCAAAAAUCUCGAUAAGUUGACAAAACUACAUUUCCCUUUAAUUUGACUUAUCAAAGUUUCACUGUAGUUUAAAAAUAAUAUAUUAUGCAUUUUAAAAUUAUUCUUUUUCAAUUUUUUAGGAGAUGGAAUAUUUAAUUAUUUUGAAAAACAAAUGGAAAUACAAUAUGAAUUGGAUAAACCUAUGAAUUAUUUUAAUUCUCGUGUUAUGCAUAGAUUACAUCAUACAGACGAAUAUUUACCAAAAAAAUUAAUAAUUAAAAAUUAUACACCAAAAUGUAGACAUAUAUCGCCUUUAACAACACCAUCAGACUCAAAGUUAUGACGAAUAUGUUGUAGUCAUUAUUUACCAACAUUUCUUUAAGUUAUAAUCAACAUCUUAAUAUUUUAAAAAUAAUACAAUUAUAGUCACAUUAAAUAUUUUAAAUUAUUUAUAAUUGUUAUUAGUAUUAUUUAAAAUCUGAUCUCUAUUCAGAUUGAAUUAACCAAUAAAUUUUAAUCUGAAUUCUGUUGUUUUUAAUUUUAAAUUACUUUUAUUUUGUUGCAUUUGUACCAAUACUAUUAAUGUUUUAAAUAUAAUGUACUUGAUUAAUAAGACAUAAGUAAUUAGUUGUACAUCUUAUACUAAUAUGUUUAAUAAUAUAAAAAAAAAAAUGGUAUAAUAUAAUAUUCAGUAUUUAUUUCAUUAAUGAUGGGAUUCCAAUAAUCAUAUUAUUUUUUGGUGUACAUGUUGGCGGGUCCAAUUUGGUAAGUUUCACACUAUAACCAACUUCUAUUGCUCGAGUAGCACGAUCUGUGUCUACUGCAGCCAUGCAAGUAUAACCUUGUUGAGUUUUUGUGCAAUUUGGAUUAAAAUGUGUUUGAUCAGCACAAUGACACAAUACUAAAUAAUCUUCAAAUGAAAAAUUGGCUUGUCUCAAAGCCUGACUUCGGGGAUACUUUAGAAUAUGGUUAUCCUGUACAAAAGUAAUGUAUAUAUAUAUAUACAUAUAUAAUGAAUUAUGUACCUCAUUAAGUAAUUAUAACUUACUUGAACACCACCAUAACAACAAGGACAUAUAAUGAAUGCUGCACAUUGCAACAGGCAUUUUUCUAACACUAAAUCUGUAGCCACACCACAUCCGUGCAAACACAAUCCUAACUAAUAAAUUAUAAAUUUGUAUUUAAAAUUAUUUUUGUAUUAUUGAAAUAUAUCCUACUUGGAAAUUAGCUUUAAAAUAAUCCAAAUUAGAAUGAACAAUCAUAACAUUUUUUAAGUUUAAUUUUUCAAUACGCUGUUUAGCUCUCCGUAAUGAUUCUUCUUUAUUGUCUACCAAUAUAACUGUUAAACCAGGAACAAGAUAAGCAAUUACAAUUCCUAAAUGCCCACUUCCACAACAGAAAUCAACCACAGUAUCACCGUCUUUUGCAAUCUAUGAAUGGUAAUGCAUUUAAUAAAUCCAUAGACAAAAUUAAAAUUGUAUUAGGUACUUGUAAUGUAGCAUGAAUGAGAUUUUCUAACUGUUGUGUUUUUCUCAUCAAUCUUUUAUCAGGUAUAUUACCACCAGAUGGAUGGACCUCAUAAGGUAAUUCAUCCCAGUUAAUAGGAUGCAGAUUAUUAGAGCUCAAUUCCAUAUUAAUAUUUAUGGUAUCAAAUACCUGAAUUAUAUCUUGUACAUUUUGUUUGACGUAUAUUUUUGCUUUGGGAUUAUAACGACGUAAAUCACAUUUGUAUAAAGAUUGGAUUGGAACUUCAGGCAAAAUAAAAUUAUUUGGUAAUUGAACUCUAUCAAAAAUUAGACAUUCUAAAAUAAAUUUGCAAUCAAAAUGUUCCAAAACAGAUUUAUACCAUUUUAAAGUUAAUGGUAAAAAUGUAUUCAUUGUAUUUUCUCCCAAAAAUUCAUGGGUAAUAUAAAUAUUUGGCAAUAUUAGAAUAUCUGAUAAUGUUGGAUUCUCUUCAUCAGCAAAUCUUUGAGUCGGAUGGAAUGAAUUAUUCAAACGUUUAUUAAUAUUAUGUAUUCGCAAUGGUUGAGAUAGAUGACAUUCAAAUCGAGCCAACUGUAUAGGGAUUUCAAACGGAAUAUUAUCAUUUGUCAUUUUAUAAUUUAAAAAUAUAUUCAUUGAUGCCUGUAAUUGAACUUCACAAUAUUUUGUCCACGUUGAUACUUCAGCACAAGCAGAUAAACAACCUUGUCUAAAACCUAGUAGCCAAAUCCAUUUCUUAUCAAUACUCUUUAUCAACUAAAAAGUAAAUUAAAAACAAAAUUCAAAAAUAAUUCUAUUUAUUUAGUAUAAUAUGAUAGAAACAUACCAUUCGCAAUGAUGAGCAAAAUCCUGCAGUACAAUAAUAUCCACUAUCACUUUGGAAUACUGGUAAUAAACAGUCAGAUGCAGGUCUAGGCAAAUCAUUUUCUAGUAUAACUGUAUAGCUUAAAUAUGAAACUGAGAAUUUGAGUACAUUGUGCCUAUCUUCAGUAUUUUUAGAUAUAACAAGAACAACUGGAGUUUUCAAAUAUUGACAAGCAAAUAAAACAAUGGCUGUUUGCAAUGAACAUGUAACAUGCUCAUUGGCAUCAUCCAAAUCAAUAAUAUUAAUAAAUAAAGAAGACAUAAUUUUCAACUAAAAAAUAUUUUAAAACCGAUUAAAUUAUUAUUUCAUACAAUGUUAAAAAAAUGAUAAUAAUGUAACAUACAUUACUAUACAACAGAAUCUAAUUGAUUUUGAAUUCUUUUCAUAAACUUUUUAUAGAAUUGCUUUUUUUUGUGUUGAAUAACACAUAAGCUCAUUGCGGCAAGCAAAAGUUGUGAACAUGGAAAUAACCAAAACAAUUUUUCUUGUGAAGUUGGUUUGUUGCAACUAUUAAAUAAAACAAAUCAGAACAAGCACAAAUAUUAUAUUAUAAGCAAUAUAUGAAAUAUAGGAAAAAUAAACUUUGGACCAUAACACAUGCUAAGAAAAAGAAACACAAACAUAUUAGGAAAAAAAAUGACUUGUUUGUAAAUUAAUGCCUAUUAAAAAAUAAAAAUGAAUCUGCUGUUGAAAAUUUGAAAAACAUUAUUUUUUUUCAUAUGUAUGCAGUGAAAAUUUUACCACAAAAAUUGCAAUCAAAUACUCUUACAAUAACUAUUAUGGAUAAAUUGACUACAAAUUGACUAAAACAAAUAGACUUAUUAAAAACUCAAAUUAUAUUAGAUGGUUCGUUAUACGCAUUACAACAAAUAGAAUAUAGAGAAGAUGUACUUUAUUUUUUUUUUUUUUUUUUUAUAAUGCAAUUUUUUAUUUUUUUUGGAUGUAUUAUAUUAAUUUAUAAUGGGGAUUUUUCUGGGCCUUCUUUUCAAAAUAAAAACUGUUUUCAUUAGGUGCCAAUAACUGUAUUCUUUUCCUGUGGCUAUUUUGCUUUGUGUGGUUUUUAGUUAGGCACCUUUUUAUUUUCAAUUCAUAUAAACAAUAUAUCUUAUGUUGACCAACAAUGUUAUGUUUUGAUCAUAUUUAUUUUUUUUAUAUAAUAUAUAGGUACAUACAUUUUAUUUUAAUAGGUGUCCUACAGAAUAAAUAAUUAAAUUUACAAGAAACAUAAAAAUAAAUAUACUUAAAUGAUUAAAAUGAAAGGCAAUUUACGAUACAGAAUUCUGGUUUAACAAAAUAAUAUAAGUACAUACUUUCUAUAUGCCAGUCCAGAAAAUUUGCACUCUAUUGUUUCAACAAAACUUGUAUUUAUGCAUUCAGGCCUGUUAAUACACGAAUGACAUUCUUUUAUUAUAGUAUUUUCUUCUCUCAACCAACACCUAUUUGAUGAGUUUUUGUGAUCUUUUAUACUUUCUGCUAUUUCUGUUAUUACUGUAGCAUUAAGUCCAGUUAAAACAUUUGAAGAUGUAAUUUUCAAAAAUAUUAAUAUUGUUAUUCUAAAAUA